CCAUAAAGUAAAUACUUUCCAUAUUAUACUUUCAUCCGGCCUGUAAACGUAUUGUACCGUCUCUUUUACCCAGAAAGUUGCGAUUUUGCUACUUGCCUUAAAUGUUAUCUCAACUCCACCUUUUUUUUUUUGUUUAAUUGUCUGCCAGCUCUUUAAAAAAUUUCUAGGAAUGUAAGAAGGUGCCUAAUUGGAUCUUGGGUCUAACAAAAUUACUUUUGUCUAUAGCAGCUCUCUCCAUCUUAAUGCUUGGAUGUUUUGAACUGUGAAUCCCAUAAGCCUUAUGGUUCCUAGGAAUGAAUGGAUUUUCACUGAAAUAUAAUUCAAGGCAACAAAGCUAAGCUGUUUCCUGUUUCUGCAGCGGCAUUGGCUCUUCAUUGACUCAGAUGGGCGUUCUUCAGGAGCCUAGUUAUAAAGAUAGCAGCACCUCCCUAGUUUGGAUAUUUCAGUAACAAGUUGCAGGAAGAUAUCCCUCUCUAAUCAGCCCACAAGACUGUAUUGCAAUAUUCUAUUAGCUUUAAUCUAUUAACCUUGAUUUUUCUGCCCACCUUAUCUUUGUUUACUGAAAAGGAUGUUGCAUAUUCAUUCUGUCUGUUUUGUAACAGAUGGUAGACUUUAACUCCUUACAUCAUUAGUCAGAAAAGUACAUAAGUAAACUGCAUUUUUUUUGUUUUUACUAACUAAAUUGGCUGUGUCCUACAUUGCUGUGUCCAAGAUGUUCUCAUUUACUGUUUAGCUAAAAUAGCCCAAAUACUCAAUAUAUUCCUCUUACCCAUUUUCUGCAUGGUGUUGUAGGCUAUGUGUACUUUCAAAGCCAGCUUUCCUAGACUUUGAUGUACCUAUUACAGGGAACAGCUCUGCAACAUUUUAAAAAGAGAUCAUUUAUAUUGUUUUACCUCAGGCAUUUCUUAAUAAAAGGUGGUGCAAUUUUGCUCUGAAAACCUGCAAAGUUCAUGUUGGUUUGUUUGUUUAUAAGAAAUAUAUUGAUACAGUUUUUUUUACCUGUAGAAUGAAACAGGAGCAAUAAGGAGUACAGCAUUCAUCACUGAAAAUUUGAUUGAGCCUUUUGGCCUCUAUACAGCAUUAAUUUUCUUUUCAUUUUCCAUGGCUGCCUUUGAAUCAUUUGUUCAGUGCAUUACUUACAUUAAGCUUCUGCUUCAUGACUGAGCAAGAGCAUUCCAGAUGAUUUUGGACGGCCAUUCUCAUCAUUCUCGUCUUUGUCCCCUUUCUCUAGGCAGUGCCCCCUCCCGGGUGGAGAUGGAAGCCAAUGCAGCAAGCGAUGAGGGUGUGCAUUUCCAGAGCUACCCUUUUGACUUCUUGGAGUUCCUGAACCACCAGCGCUUUGAACCUAUGGAGGCCUACAACCACGAACACGCCAAAGCCGUUGCUGCCCUGCCCUGCCCACAGCCACAGUACGAAUACGCCCAGCCCCCAACAGCUGGUCCACCUGCUCACUUUGACCGCGUCCCUGCCACCAUUGGCACAUCUAAACCCAAAGCUGAGGGCCCGUCCUCUUCUUCCUCAGCCACCUCAUCUGGUACCAUUCAAGUCAAGAAAGCUGAACCAGGAGGCCCUGCACCACCUCCACCUCCACAGCAGCAACAGCAGCAGCAGCCAUACAGUACUCCAGCCGUGGUACCAACAGCAGGUCAGCCUCUCUUUGACAGUACAGCAGCAGCAGCUGCUGCAGCAGCAGCUUACAACACUCCUCAGUGGGGCAUAGUAGACCUUUCUGGCCACCAGCAUAUCUUCAGCAGCCUGAAACGUGGGCAGGCUCCCCCAUCAGCUGCAGCCACGGUAACUCCUGACAGUCAGGCAGGCAAAGACGACAAGAACUAUUUCCGUCGACUGAAAUAUUUCAUUGAUCGGCGCUUCCCAUGCGGUGUGUGCCAGAAGUCAUUCAAGCAGUCAUCCCAUCUUGUGCAACACAUGUUGGUUCACACAGGCGAGCGGCCGUACGAAUGCACCACCUGCGGUCGUACCUAUAACCAUAUCUCCAGCCUCAUCCGGCAUCGCCGUUGUCACAAAGACACUGAGGAUGCUACUGCUGCUGCCAAUGCUGCGGCUGCUAAUGCAGCUGCUGCCAACGCUGCAGCAGUCAAUGUAGCAGCUGCCAAUGUGGUGGCUGCAGCUGCCGCCGCUGCCGCUGCUGCCGCCAGCAUAACAGCAGCACCUGGUGCUGAAGGAGCAGCCCAGCCUCCUACCCAAAGUGGCAACCCUCAGUCAGUAUCUGCAUCAUCUGGAGGAAUAGCCACAUCUGCCCUCAGUGCUGCCAUAGCUCAAGCCGAAGGUCCUUUUACCUGCUCUCUGUGCUGGAAAGUGUUUAAAAAACCGAGUCAUCUUCACCAGCAUCAGAUUAUCCAUACUGGUGAGAAGCCAUUCUCCUGCUCUGUCUGCCAGAAGAGUUUUAAUCGCCGUGAGAGCUUAAAACGACACGUGCGGACACACUCAGACCUGUUGCGAGUGCAGUGUGGGGUUUGCGGCAAAGAAUUCCGGGAUGCCUCCUACCUCCUCAAGCACCAGGCCACUCACGCUCCUCCUGGAACUUUACCUCCACGACCUGAGUACAAAUGUGACAUUUGCGGUAAGGGCUAUGUGGCUCCUCAGAAUCUACUACGUCAUCGGCAGCUCCAACACGAGGGUGCCCAGCUGUCCAAGGAUGGAACUAAUACCUUGUCUUAUCUGCCACCAGGGGCCUACCUUCUUCCACAGGACCCACAAGGCACAGGCUCUGAGGGAGACACCAAGCCAACAUCCUAUGGCCUUUUGGGUGCUCACCCCUUACUGGUGGGGACAGCGGCAGGCAAGAAUUUCUGCUGUGGGAUCUGUGGCCGUGGCUUUGGGCGACGGGAGACACUAAAGCGUCAUGAGCGGAUCCACACAGGUGAGAAGCCUCACCAGUGUGCUGUGUGUGGGAAGCGUUUCCGUGAAUCUUUUCACCUCAGCAAACACCAUGUAGUGCAUACUCGGGAGAGACCGUACAAAUGUGAAAUAUGUGGAAAAGUGUUUGGUUAUCCCCAAAGCUUAACUCGGCACAAACAGAUUCACCGAUUACAGCUGCCUUGUUCUUUACCACCCAUGGGGCCCUCCCUGACCCCCAUGGGCCCUUCUCUUCCUCCGCCCCCUGAGGGACUAACCUAUGGCUGUUCUGACUGUGGAGAGCGCUUUCCUGAUCUUUUUCAUGUCAUGAGCCACAAGGAGGUCCAUGUGGCCGAGAAGCCCUAUCCUUGUGAUGUCUGUGGCAAAUGUUUUGGUUUCAUUGAGAAUCUCAUGUGGCACAAACUUGUCCACCAAGCUGCUCCUGAGAGACUUGUACCACCAGAUGAAACAGCAGCUGCUGUCGCCCCACUAGAGAACGGGCUAGCUAGUGGUGAGAACAUACCAUCUUAUGAAGAUCAUCCGACCUUGCCAAGUGGAGAACGUUUCUCCUGCUCUAUCUGUGGCCAGACCUUCAAGCAUUUCCUGGGACUUGUGACUCACAAGUAUGUGCAUCUGGUGCGUCGCACAUUGGCUUGCUCGGUCUGUGGACAGAGUUUUGCUGGGGCUUAUGAUUUGCUGUUGCAUCGUCGCACACACUUGCAAAAGCGGCACUUCUCUUGCCCAGUCUGUGGCAAGCGCUUCUGGGAGGCUGCCCUUCUCAUGCGUCACCAGCGCUGCCACACCGAGGAGCGCCCAUACCGCUGUGCUGUCUGUGGCCGUGGUUUUCUGCGCUCAUGGUACCUGCGCCAACACAAAGUGGUUCACACGGGUGAGCGUGCUUACAAGUGUGCCCUCUGCAACAAGCGCUUUGCUCAGUCAUCCAGUCUGGCAGAACACCAGCGUCUUCAUGUAGUUGCCCGGCCUCAGCGCUGCCCUACUUGUGGCAAGACCUUCCGCUACCGUAGCAACCUUUUGGAACACCAGCGGGUCCACCUGGGAGAGAAAGUCUACCGCUGUGACCGCUGUUCCAAGAGCUUCUUCUAUCUGUCAUCCAUUCUGCGUCACCAACGCUCCCAUGAUGCUAAGCGUGAAUUAAGAUGCGGGGCCUGCCUCAAGCUCUUCAAAGACCCCAAGUAUUUUAGCAAACACCUCCAGGCCCAUCAGGGAGGACGGCCCUUCAAAUGCAGCACCUGUGGAGAAGCGUUCUCCAAUACUUAUGGCCUCAAAAAGCACCGCCACAUUCACAAGAUGGAGCGCUUUGCUGCCAUGGGGGCCCAUAAGGAACAGCCCUAAUGUUGAAAUAGUAGCAGCAGAAAAAAAAAUGGGUGGUCCGUAUCUUGGUACUGUAGAAUGGGAUAUGAAACUAGUUCCAGGUUUCUGUGAGCCACGAUGGCAAGGCAUUUCCAUGAAUAGAAAAUAAGAUGUGCUUUGUUAGCAGUGAGAUGCUCCAGUUGGGCACUAAUUUGGAAGAGUCAUCAGAUCAUAAAAGUCAUGAGCAGGACAAGCCAGAAAGACGCAAGAAUGAAUUGUAAAGAUAGGAUAUAUAAUUAACAAGAGGUAGCCGCCAGUUACUUGCUAGAUUUCAGCUCUCUAACAGAAUAUCUUGACCACUCUGGAUUUUUAAACUAAUUGUUUAGGGAAAGGGAGAUGGAGAUAGCAAUCAUAGAAGUGACCUUUGCCUGUCAAGCAUGGCCACAGUGUUUUGGGGGAUGAAAGUUUCUUCCCGUUUCUGAGCAAAUGGGAGCAUAUAAGGUUAUGGUGGAAUGACAUUUUUUUUUUCUCUUGAAGCCUACAUUCUGGAAUGGAAAUGGUAUGGCAUUCCAGUUCCCAAGAAGAGAUGGUGCUUCCUGUAAUCCCCUUUUACCUAGAGAGAAAUGUUAGACCUAAUACAUUCAUUUGGGAAUGAGACAGGAAGGACCACGAUGCAGUACUUGAGGAAUGUCCACCAAUCUUUUGUGUAAACUCAACUAUGUAAUCUGUAUUAGGUAAGCCUUGCUUGCAUUCUUGAGAGAAAGACUUUAAUUAGUGUCCUUUCUGCAUAUGUAUAAAGAAAAUAGGCUAAUUCUCAAUUUUUUAAGACCUGGGAAGGUAGUGAGACGUGGCUGUGGACAGUAGAAAGUUAAAGGAAUCUGCUUGAAUUGUCUAGUGUGUGGCACCCGUUGUCUAAAUGCUAUUGUGCCAUAACAUUUCUAUUAUACUCCUGUCUCCAGAACGGUGCCAGUUCAUGAUGCAACUGGAGGUUCACAAAAACUUUACCUACAAAAGAAGAGUUGAGCCCAGAAGGUUUCUAGCCAAGCUUCCCUGGCAUGCCACUUUCCACAUUUAGGGAGCACUGAAUGUUAAAAAGCAUUUGGAAUUGAUAUUGUUCCCAUUAUGCACCCCUGAAGAAGAAAACCCCGGGAUAAUUGUAUUGUGUGCUUUUCUAAAUGUUCAAGUUGGCCCAUCAGGAGUAGAGAGGAAACACAAAAGUAGGCUAGGCUUCUUCCCCCUUGGGUUAGCUCUCUUCCUUUGUGCUCAACACAACACUCUUCCUAAUCUGUUGGACUUAAUAUAGAUGAACUCAUGUGUGAAUAAUACCUUACUUUGAGCCCUAAAAUGGAAUGUGGGUUUGGAAUGAGAGCUGUGACUGUACAUUGUUAGCCUUCCCUAAUGUUAGCCUUCCUUCUGCCCAUCACUGAAAGUUGGAUAUGAAACUGUGUGUGAGAGAAAAAUAAACUUAAUUGGUGGGUCUA